GUCUGGGAGGGACUGGUUGCUGUAUGGCGUACGUGUCCGUUUCUCAUAGUCGUAGCUUAGUUCCAAAAUGGCCGUGUUUGAUCGUUCCAGUCUCUCUGUUGCAUUCGACAUUAUAUACGAGUGAGGGGUUCGAUAAAAAACGAAAGGACAAUUGAUAACAGACUCGGCGAUAGGAUGAAUCGUAGGACAAGUGUUACCUUGGUGCUCGCAAUCCUCAACCUGGUUCUACUUCAGAGAGCAACCGGCCUUCUCCGAAGAUGCGUGAGUUGUAGAUCGAGAGGUGAAUUGGGAUCAUGCAAGGAUCCUUUCACUAUGAACUCGACGGAGAUUGAAUUAGAAAAAGGUGUAGACUCUGUCCUCUGUGCGUCCGGUUGGUGCGGGAAGAUCAUCGAGAGGCACGGCUUGAACAAUGAAUAUGGCACCGCCACGCAAAGGCUUUGCUUUCAACGGGGCCCCGAUGACGGGGAGGAGAGAUGCGCUUACACCGUUUGGAAUUACAAGAAAGUGUACAUGUGCCUUUGCCUCGGUGAUCUAUGCAACGGAACGGAGAAACUGGGUAUCUCCAACGGGUUGAUUGUCACGACACUGUGCGUACUGCUUCGAUGGUUCAUCUGAGACCGCUAGAACCGAAUUAACGAAUGUAUAUUAUUAUAUAAAAAGUUCCUUGUAUAUGACGCGAUUCUCCUGAGCUUGUACGUGUAGUUCGCACGAUAGAAAAUGAUGUAUUGUUACCGAGUCUAGUGUAAAGUCUGUGAAAAUAUAAUGUCUAUAUAUUUAUGGUUACGUA